UAAUGGCUGCUUCCUAGAAGGUCGUGUCACGUGGAACCUCUUAAUCUCAGCAUCCGGAGCUCCAGGAAGGGAAAAUUUCAAGUCAGAUAGAAUUCUAUAUAUACCAUUUCUUUGGAACCUUCAGCCCUCAAGAUUCCAACAUCAUGACCUCAGUUUCAACACAGUUGUCCUUAGUCCUCAUGUCACUGCUUUUGGUGCUGCCUGUUGUGGAAGCAGUAGAAGCCGGUGAUGCAAUCGCCCUUUUGUUAGGUGUGGUUCUCAGCAUUACAGGCAUUUGUGCCUGCUUGGGGGUAUAUGCACGAAAAAGAAAUGGACAGAUGUGACUUUGAAAGGCCUACUGAGUGGCCUACUGAGUCAAACCUCACCCUGAAAACCUUUGCGCUAUAGAGGCUAAACCUGAGCUUUGGUGUGUGAAAGGUUCCAAGAAUCAGUAAAUAAGGGAGUUUCACAUUUUUCAUUGUUUCCAUGAAAUGGCAACAAACAUACAUUUAUAAAUAAUAUUUUUAUUAU